CACAUCCUUCAACAGUGACAUCAACUCCUGCUGGAACCACUACUGCAGUACCUUCCACAACAGCACCACAAACAACAUCUACAACAGAACCUGUUGUGAUUCCCACUUCAACCACUACUGAAAGCACCACUGUCAGUUCAGCAACAACAUCCACAAUACCAACAGCUACAACAACACAUCCUUCAACAGUGACAUCAACUCCUGCUGGAACUACUACUGCAGGAGCUUCCACAACAGCACCACAAACAACAUCUACAACAGAACCUGUUGUGAUUCCCACUUCAACCACUACUGAAAGCACCACUCUCAGUUCAGCAACAACAUCCACAACACCAACAGCUACAACAACACAUCCUUCAACAGUGACAUCAACUCCUGCUGGAACUACUACUGCAGGACUUUCCACAACAGCACCACAAACAACAUCUACCGCAGAACCUGUUGUGAUUCCCACUUCAACCACUACUGAAAGCACCACUGUCAGUACAGCAACAACACCAACAGCUACAACAACAGGGCCCUCAGCUACCACAACAACUGCUGCUGGAACAUCCACCACCAGUGAAGCAGUUAUCACAACAGUGCCACAAACAACAAUUACUAGUGGAGCAGUUACCAUGACAGCACCACCGACAUUUAUGUCAUUCUCUCCAUCUUUAAAUGUCUCUGAGAGCACAACUGUUAGUACCAUUCAAACAUCUGCAACAACAACAACAACAACAGGAUUCUCUGCACUAAAAACAGAAACUUCUGUUUUUACUUCAGCAACUCCCUCUUCAACUCCCUUAAACACUACAAAUGGUAGCACAGCUGGAACAUCAACACAUUCAUUUGCCUCGACCACUAAUAAAACCACUGUCUCAACCACUAAUGCAACAACAAGAUUCUUGACAUCUACAACUCAAGUGCCUGCGACUACAACUACAAAAUCUGCACCCGUGUAUCUAACAGUUCUGGUGUUCCGCUCUUUAGACAACUUUACAGUUGAAUUCAGUGAUCCAACCUCUCAGGCCUUCAAGAAAAGGGCUCAGCUUGUCAUAUCUCAGCUUGAAACAAUCUACAGAGCAAAAUAUCCUUCCUUUAUUGAAGUGAUUGUCUUGCUUUUCAGACAAGGGUCAGUAAUCACAGAAACACAGCUAGCUUUCAACUCCACACAACCUGUUCCAACUGUUCAAGAGAUUUCAGACACCCUCUUUACAGCAGUGAUAACAGGAGGUGUCGAUCCACUGAACAUAACUCCUUAUUCGAUUUCAGUCAAUGGUUCGAUUAUUAACGUGACUACUUCAACUACAGCAUCAACAACAACAACAACAACAACAGCAAUGACAACAAUAACAACACCGACAACAACAACAACAACAACAAGACCCUUGACAUCUACAAGACCCUUGACAUCUACAACUAAAGUGCCUGCAACUACAACUACACAAUCUGUACCCGUGUAUCUAACAGUUCUUGUGUACCGUUCUUUUGACAUAUUUAUAAUUGAACUCAGUAAUCAAAGCUCUCAGGCCUUCAAAUCAAGAUCUGAGGUUGUCAGAUCUCAGCUUGAACCAAUCUACAGAGCAAAAUAUCCUUCCUUUAUCAGAGUGAUUGUCAUACGUUUCCGUCCUGGGUCAAUCAUCACAGAAACCCAACUAGUUUUUAACUCCACACAACCAGUUCCAACCGUUCAAGAGAUUUCAGACUCCCUCCUGACAGCAGUGGUAACAGGAGGUGUCGAUCCACUUAACAUAAUCCCUUCAACAGUUUCAGUCAAUGGUUCAGCUAUAGCUACGACUGUAGCUGCAACUACAACUACAACUACAACUGCAGCUGCAACUACAGCUUCAAGUGGAUUGAAGAUUGAAUCCAGCCUGCUCCAAGCAACAUGGCUCAUUAUUAUGGCAAAAAUAUUACAUCUUUUCCUAUAGAUCCCUUAACAAUGAAUAUGAGUUGCGAGAAAUGAAAGGCAUGUGCAAGGCACAAAUUAUAUUAGCAAAUUAUAUUAUUUUUGUAUGUGUAUUAUUUGUUAUUUAGUAUUGUAGCACACUCUCGAAAUAUGGCAAUGGCAAUAUAAACAUAAGCCUAAAAUUGCAUUGAUUCUCAGGGCACAAUUUGUAAUUAGAAAAAAUUAUAUAUAUUUUUUUAUUUAUCAGCAGGUUGUUGUAAUCAAUCAAAUAAGGACAAUUCCUAUUUCCUCAGUAUUUUAAAUGUAAUGCUUUUGUUCACCUGUCUGCAGGUUAAAGACUAUUUAUACAGUAAUUCUCUUUUGUCUAGUAUGUGCUAACAUUGCAAGACCUUAUUCUAUCUUAUUAUAAUCAAAUAAACAUAUUUAUUAAGUUCAUGUGGUCCAAAAUUGUAUGAUUGUUAGUAUUUACAUUUAUUUAAAAUGUACAAGGGUUUUAUAUUAAAUGAAUUAAAUAAAGUCUUAAUG